CAGGGGUUUUUACCUGAUGGUGGUCGUGACGAUAUUUGCUUUGGUACUUUGGGCGUCCCCUCCCACCGUCAGUGUGUAGUCAUUCUCCACAGGCUGCUGCUGCUUCUCUUGGGAUUUAUAUAUGUGUGUGUGUGUGUGUGUGUGUGUGUGUGUGUGUGUGUGUGUGUGUGUGUGUGUGUGUGUGUUAUAUAAUAGUGAACUGCCUGGCCUCAGUGUCGAAGGAGCUACAGGAAAGUCAGCAGAAUUUAUACAAUAAACAUUUCAUAGAAUUUAAUCAGACUUAAACGAAAAAUGUAAAGAGAUUUUUUUUAAACAUAAAAAUAAUUCUCUGAACUAAAUAUUUCUAGUCAGCACAACUUCUAGUGGAUUUCUUCAAAAGUUAAAAUUUUCACAAAACACUACAAAUCUAUUAUAGUAAAUCUCCUUGUAAAUUAGCGUAUUCUAAACUUCACCGGUUUCCCCCACUUCACUGGAUUUCUGUAGAUCUGCUUCUGUAACUCUACUGUUCUCUUCUAUUUCUACUCUGAUCUAAUACCUUCAGAGUCUCUAACAGAUACAGAACUGAAUUCAUACUGCAUCUGUGGGCUUCCUGUAUGUAGCUGUGUCUGAGUUUGAGUUGUGAAACUGUUUCCUGUUACGCAGAUCUGCUUGCUCUCUUUACUCAUCAGUUUUAUAACGGAGCUGCACUGAAGUCUGGCUUUAAAAGCUUCCUCUACAGAUCAGAAGAGGUUUUAUAUGGAAAGUUUAUGAUCAGAAUGAUCUAAAAGCUAAAUUCUAUCCUCUGUUCCAGAUCUAAAAGUACAGGAGUUUAGAAGCUGAGGACUAAAAGCUCAUGGACUGAUACAGCUCUGCUCACAGCAGUGAUUCAGGAUGGCGAAUGCUGAAGAUGUGUUGCUAGAGGCUCUACAGGACUUGGAGAGUAAGGAACUAAAAUCAUUCACUCGACACCUGACCAAUGGUGUGGAAGGGUUUGACCGGAUUGGUAGGGGUCUGUUGGAGAACGCAGGAAGAGAAGAGAUUGUGGAUAAGAUGGUGGAGAGAUAUAAAAUCAGUGGAGCUGUAAAGAUCACACUGACCAUCCUGAAGAAGAUACACAAGAACCGUCUGGCUGAGGAACUGGAUGCUAAACUCAGUAGAGGUGGAGCAGGUGGAGGACAGGUAAGGAGUGAGAGUUCAGCAGCCUCUUCUACUACACUGACUGCAGGUAAACUCAUUAAUGAACAACACUGCAUCAAGUUGAAGGACACUCUGAAAUUGAACUAUGAGCGUGUAAUUGAGUGCUCACAGACAGGUCAUCAGGAGUUCCUGGAAGAUAUCUACACUGAUCUCGUUAUAGUGCAGAAUAAAAGUGGAGGAGUCAUUAAUGAACAUGAAGUGAUGCAAAUAGAGAUGUCUCCCAAUAAAGCUGGCAGUGAGGAAGAGUGUAUAAAAUGCUGUGAUAUUUUUAAAGUCCAGCCGGGUACAGGUAGACGGAACAGAAAAGUGAUGACAAUGGGAAUUGCAGGAGUCGGGAAAACUGUGUCAGUCAACAAAUUCAUACUGGACUGGGCAGAAGGAAAGGAGAACCAGGACAUUCAGUACAUUUUCCCUCUACCCCUCCGUGAACUAAAUCUGAAGAAAGAGAAGGAGUUCAGUUUGAUUGGACUACUGAAUAACUGCUUUUUCUCCUCAAAGCCUGCACUGAAGUCUCUUCCAGAAGAAGAUGGUAAAGUGCUGUUUAUUUUUGAUGGGCUGGAUGAGUAUCGUUACCCACUGGAGUUUAAAGAUGGAGAGGAAGUAAAAGAUGUGAAUGAGAAGAGUACAGUGGGCUCACUGAUCACAAAUCUCAUCAACAGAAAUUUGCUUUCCUUUUCUCUAGUCUGGGUAACUUGUCGACCAGCAGCAGCGCAUCUGAUUCCCCAGAAAUACAUCAAUCUGGUGACAGAAGUACGAGGAUUUAAUGAUGAACAGAAGAAAGAGUACUUCAUCAAAUACUGCAAAACAGAAGAUGUAGCAGAGAAAAUAAGUUCACACAUAAAGAAGUUAAAGAGUCUCCACAUCAUGUGUCAAAUCCCAGUCUUCUGCUGGAUCUCUGCCACUGUGCUUCAGCCACUGAUGGAUAAAGAGAGUGAGAAGAACAUCCCCAAAACCCUGACAGAAAUGUACAUGAGCUUCCUACUGCAGCAGAAAAACCUGAUGAAGGAGAAAUACAGUCAGAAGACUGACCCUGAGCGCAUCAUUCUGAAGCUCGGUGAACUGGCCUUGAGUAAUCUUGAGAGUGGAGAGCUGAACUUCUAUGAGGAUAAUCUUAAGGAAUGUGGGAUUGAUGUUACUGAUGGUACAGUGUUCUCAGGAAUGUGUACACAGAUUUUCAGCCAGCAGAAGGGAAUUUCUGAGAGGAACAUUUUCAGCUUUGUGCAUCUGAGUGUUCAGGAAAGCCUUGCGGCUGUAUAUGUGCAUCACUCCCACUGCAAUAAGAAGAAGAAUGUGUUCAAAAAGAAGACAUUUGGAAACAUACUUCUUCGGAAGAAGAACACAGUAACAGAUCUCCAUAAGAGUGCAGUGGACAGAGCUUUGCAGAGUGAAAAUGGACACCUGGACCUUUUCCUCCGCUUUCUCCUCGGCCUCUCUGUGGAGGACAGUCAGAAGGUUCUGACCGAACUUCUGCCAAACCUGAAGAUUAAAGCAGAGAGCGUUAGCAACACAGCUAUCUACAUUAAGGAGAAACUAAAAGAGGAAAUGCAUUCAGACAGAAGCCUGAAUCUCCUCCACUGCCUGAGUGAACUGAAGGACAACUCACUCACUGCUGAAAUCCAGAACUUCCUGAACUCAGGAACUCUCUCAAAACAGGAACUCUCAUCCCCACAGUGGUCAGCUCUGAUCUUUGUGCUGAUGAUGUCAGAGGAAACUCAGAAGAAGUUUGAACUGAAGAAAUACAGUGCGUCAGAAGAAGGACUGAGGAGAUUACUGCCUGUGGUGAAAAACACGCAGCGAGCUCUACUAGCUUCAUGUAAUCUUGGAGAAAAGACAUGUGAAAGUCUGGGAUCAGUUUUGAAGCUGGAAAACUUCUCCAUAAAGGAAAUAGAUCUCAGUAACAAUGACCUGCAGGAUUCAGGAGUGGAGCUGCUUUCUGCUGGACUGAGGAGUUUACACUGUAAACUGCAGAUUCUCAGAUUAUCUGGGUGUAUGAUCACAGAAAAAGGCUGUUCUUCUCUGGCUUCAGCUCUGAGUUCAAACCCCUCCCACCUGAAAGAGCUGGAUCUGACCUACAACCACCCAGGAGAGUCUGGAGAGAAGCUGCUUUCUGCCAGACUGGAGGAUCCACACUGCUCACUGGAGACACUCAGAAUGGAACAUGGAGGCGAAAUAAGAAUCAAACCUGGAUUAAAGAAAUACGGCUGUGAUUUCACACUGGAUCUAAACACAGUAAACCCUGGUCUCUCUCUGAGUGAGGAGAACAGGAGGGUGGAGAGGAGAAAGGAGCUGCAGUCGUAUCCUGAUCAUCCAGAGAGAUUUGAUUAUUAUCCGCAGGUUCUGAGUAGAGAGAGAGUAACUGGUGUAACUGGUGAUACUGGUGUUACUGGUGAUACUGGUGUAACUGGUGUAACUGGUGUAACUGGUGAUACUGGUGAUACUGGUGUAACUGGUGUAACUGGUGUAACUGGUGAUACUGGUGUAACUGGUGAUACUGGACGCUGUUACUGGGAGGCUGAGUGGAGAGAUGGAGGAGGAGGAGGAGUUGAUGUAGCUCUGAGUUAUAAAACCAUCAGCAGGAAAGGAGGAAGAUCAGACUGUCGGUUUGGAGAGAAUAUAAACUCCUGGAAUCUGAUCUGCUCUGAUUACAGAUACUCUGUUCUUCACAAUAAUAACAGAACUGUUCUCUCCACUCCUCCCUCCGACUGUAGGAGAGUAGGAGUGUAUGUGGACUGUCCCUCCGGCACUCUGUCCUUCUACAGAGUCUCCUCUGAUACACACUCACACACUCUCACACAUUUACACACAUUCUACACCACCUUUACUCAACCCCUCUAUGCAGGGAUUGGGUUUAAUAGUUUGUUUUUGGUUAAAAAUGUUGGCUCCAGAGUGACUCUGUGUAAAAUAGAAUAACCCUGUGUGUGUAUAGUGUGUGUGUGUUUGUAUAGUGUGUGUGUGUGUGUGUGUUUAUAGUGUGUUUGUGUAUAGUGUGUGUGUGUAUAGUGUGUGUGUGUAUAGUGUGUGUGUAUAGUGUGUGCGUGUGCAUAGUGUCUGCGUGUGUGUGUAUGUGUCUAUAUGUGUCAGGGGACCAAUCACAGCGGCUGCUGUCUUUGUCGCUUAGUUACAUAUCUGGAUUAAAGGACAUCAAGGAAUGCGAUUAAUAAGCGCCAAUGUUUUAAUGCAUAUUUUUUAUGUGAUUAAUUAAUGGAAAAUAACGGGGUAUAAAUUAACGCUGAUUAUUCGCCUUCUUUGACGCGACGCAGACACGCCUUCGCACAAGUAUAAACGCUCACGGUAUUGAGAAGUAGAUUUACAGUGGAAAGACUUUUAAUAAAUUGUAUAAUUCAUGUUAUAUUUCUGAUUGUAAAGAUGUCUGAUAUGUUUCUGAAAUAAAAAGAUGGGGAAUUUGAA